AUGUGGGAUUGCGGAACACCGACAUUCUACGGUUACGGUCAAAGCACCGAGGCUACUCCGUGCUUUCAUGGCACCAGCGCCACUGUCACCGUCCCUAUCACUGCCGUAGGCGUCACUGUUGGUACGGAGCCCCCGAGGCUUCACGGCCCCACUGGCGGUAGUGGAGAGGGAUAUGCUGGAACAGCGAACUCAUUGGCAAACUUCUGUACCAAUAUCACCGAGACUGAUGACGCCCUGAAGCAGGUCCGCGGAGGCGGCUUCCUUGCAGAGUUCGAGAGAGAUGACGAGGAGAUGGUGGCAGAGGGGGACAGAGGAUCCUGCAGUACCAGUGGAGAUAUUAGUCCACUUGGCGAAACGGUGUGCUCCUUGGUAAAGACCACUCAGCUCAGUAACAAUGGAGUGGAUACCCUAGCUAAUGGAAUUGAGGCAACUGGUGCAUGGUUGGCAGCCAAAUCAACAAACCUUUGCCUUUAUAAGGGGAUUCCGCGAACUAGGUCCAUCUUUACAACUUAG